ACAAUUCUUGUGUUCCCAAAAGCAAAAUCAUGAACAUUUACCUCACAAUCUUCUCUUUUCUAAUCCCAAUCUUCCUGUUUCUUACCAGAGGAAGAAGAUCAAGAUCAUCCCAAAAGCUUCCUCCGGGAUCCCUCGGAGUUCCCUUCAUCGGCCAAAGCCUCGGCCUCCUUCGCGCCAUGCGCUCCAACACGGCCGAACAAUGGCUGCAGCGCAGAAUCACGAAGUACGGGCCCAUUUCGAAGCUAACCCUCUUCGGAAAACCCACAGUGUUAGUCGGCGGGCAGGGCGCCAACAAGUUGAUUUUCAAUGGCGACACCGCAAUUUCGAACCAGCAGAAUGAGUCUCUUAGGGCGAUUUUGGGCGAGAGCAAUUUGUUGGAGCUGACUGGAGAUGAUCACAAGCGUGUGAGAAGUGCGCUUGUUUAGUUCUUGAAGCCUGAAUGUUUGAAGCAAUAUGUGGGGAAAAUGGAUGAAGAAGUCAGGAGACAUCUCGAGAUGCAUUGGCAGSGCAAGCAAGAGGUCACUGUACUGCCAUUGAUGAAGACUCUCACCUUCAACAUUGUAUGCUCUCUUCUCUUUGGUCUUGAGGAAGGUACAAGAAGGGAAAGAAUGAUAGAAUGCUUUCAAGUAAUGAUAGGAGGGGUAUGGUCGAUCCCGAUAAACUUGCCGUUCACGAGGUACAACCAAAGCCGACAGGCAAGUAUAAAAAUUCAAGAGAUGCUAAAGAACCUCUUGGAUGAAAAGAGAGUGGAACUGGAAGUAAAGGGCACUUCCCCACACCAAGAUCUAAUUACUUGUCUGCUUAGCAUAAAAAACAAAGAACAUGAACAAGUAUUGACUGAGAAGGAAAUCAUUCACAAUAUAAUACUGGUAAUGGUUGCUGGAUACGAUACAUCAUCUGUUCUGAUUACAUUUAUGGUGCGGUUUUUGGCAAAUAAUCCAACUGUUUAUGCUGCUGUUCUUCAAGAACAGGAAGAGAUAGCAAGAAGCAAGGAAUGUGGAGAGCUGCUCACUUGGGAAGAUCUUGCCAAGAUGAAAUACACAUGGAGAGUUGCAUUAGAGACUUUAAGACUAGUGGCACCUGUAUUUGGAGGGUUUAGAAAGGCUAUGAAAGAUAUUGAAUUUGGUGGCUACCUUAUUCCUAAAGGAUGGCAAAUAUUCUGGGCAUCACCAAUGACCCAUUUGGAUGAUACCAUAUUUGAAGAACCACUAAAGUUCGAUCCCAAUAGGUUUGAGAAUCAAGCAUCGGUUCCAMCAUAUUGCUUCGUUGCUUUUGGUGGGGGUCCAAGAAUUUGUCCAGGCUAUGAGUUUGCGAGGGUCGAAACUCUUGUUACAAUCCAUUACUUAAUCACCCAGUUCACAUGGAAGCUACUCUUAGAUGACCUUUUUAUUAGAGAUCCAAUGCCAGUUCCUACCAAAGGAUUACCUAUCAAAGUUUGUCCCAGAGAAACUUCCAUGACAUUGUAGCUUCUGGACUAAUGGAAAUCAUAAUUAAGAAUGAAGCGGAAAAUGGGAGUUAUGGUAAUGCCUACAUUUGUGCACAUUUUUAGAAUAUCAACACUUGAAAGAGUGAGAACAGAUUUUUGAAAGACAAAUAUAUAAAGAAAGAAAAAUCUAUGGAAGGACUUGUAUGUUAUAUAUAGUGUGUUUAGGAGGUUGAAGAACUCAGAUUAAACUCUUACCACUGCAGAAUAUGUAAAUGUUAAUACUUGUUGCUCAAGGUCAUGAAUUAUGAUCAUUGAGAAGCCAGUACUUCUAGAUGGGCAAAAGAAGACAUGUAAAAGUGAACUGAACAUAGAAAUUCACAUAAGUUGGAGAAUUUAAAUUGCUUUUUAAAAUAAUAAUUGAAAGUUUAAG